AUGGGUUUUCGUUUACCUGUUAUUAGAAGGACUUCAUUUGCUGCAAAAGUGGCUUCGUCAAAAUCUGGAGAAGUGCCAAAGGGGUAUCUUGCAGUAUAUGUAGGAGAAGAAAUGAAGAGAUUUGUGAUCCCUGUAUCUUACUUGAAUCAACCUUUGUUUCAAGAGUUGUUAAGCUUGGCUGAAGAAGAGUUUGGAUAUGAUCAUCCAAUGGGUGCACUCACUAUUCCUUGCAGAGAAGAUGUCUUUCUAAACGUUACUUCUUCCUUCAAUGGAUCUUCGAAAUCCGGUCAGGUGCCAAAGGGAUAUCUAGCAGUUUAUGUUGGAGAGGACUUGAAGAGGUUUGUGAUUCCAAUAUCAUACCUGAACCAACCUUCGUUUCAAGAGCUGUUAGGUGAAGCUGAAGAAGAAUUUAGAUUUGAUCAUCCAAGGGUGCUCUCACCAUUCCUUGUGCAGAAGAUGUCUUCGUGCAUGUCACUUCUUCCUUCAAUGGCUGCUAGCUUAUGA